UUCAUCUACCCCCUAGUCGCCACUUUGUUUUUCUCCCUGUCUUCUUCUCCCACACGGCAGCAGCCCACACCUUCUUCCUCCCUGCGCCCUCCCUGUUUCCCCUGGGCGAGCACAAGUGCAGGCCGACGACCUCCCUUCCCCUGUUGUUCCUGCGUCCUAUUUAUUUUCCAUGGACAGCAGUAGGAGCCAUGCCGCCCCGGCCCCUCUCCUCCCCUCUUCCCCAUAAAACAGCAGCCGCAGCGAGUCGCUGUCGUCCACGGCGAGCAGCAGCUCGCCCACCUCUUCCUCCCAUGACGCCCUGCAAUCUUCCCCCUUCCUCCCUUUUGCUCCUCUCCAUGUUUCAGCGCCUAGAACAAUCCUUGCUGCGCCUGAGAUCUGGACAGCCAUGGAGGACAACCAAACUCCUCUCCCAUGGCAGCAUUUUCCCCCAUCCGAGCUCCACCCAUGGCGAGAGGCCAAUGCCGCCCAGCUCACUGUCCAGGGCGCCCAUAAAAUUCCAGCAGCGAGCUCCACCGCCGAUCUACGCAGCCCCAACUUCGCGCGCUGUCGGCUCGCUGUUUUGUGGAGCCCCAUGGACAGCGCGCCGUCGACGCCCGCCGUGUGCUCGCUGUUUUGCGCAGCCCAUCCGCGAUGCCGUCGAAAACCGUGCUAAUGGUCGACGUCGUGCCUUGCCCGUUCGACGAAAUACCGAGCCAUGUGGACGGCCAUGCGUCUAGUCACGACCCGUUCAGGACCGAGAGGUGACGACCGUGCAAGUGAUGUGGUGCCAAC